UCCUGUCUGUCUGUCUGUGUCCAGGUGGAGCAGUUCUGGAGGUUCUACAGUCACCUGGUCAGACCAGGUGACCUGAGUGGACACAGUGACUUUCACCUGUUCAAGGAGGGAAUCAAACCCAUGUGGGAGGACGAGUCCAACCGCAGCGGAGGGAAGUGGAUCAUCCGUCUACGUAAAGGUCUGGCCAGUCGCUUCUGGGAGAACAUCAUCCUGGCCAUGCUGGGAGAGCAGUUCAUGGUGGGAGAGGAGAUCUGUGGAGCCGUGGUGUCCAUACGCUUCCAGGUACUGCUGCUGCUACUGCACUACUACUACUACUACUACAGUACUACUACUACUACUACUGCAGUACUACUACUACUGCAGUAA